AUGGCGCCGAAAGCGAAGAGGGAAGCUCCCGCCCCUCCGGAAGCUGAAGCCAAAGCCACGGCCUUGAAAGCUAGGAAGGCAGUGCUGAAAGGCAUCCACAGCCACAAAAAGAAGACGAUCCGAAUGUCACCCACCUUCCAUCGGCCAAGACCCUGCAGCUCUGGAGGCAGCCAAAAUAUCCUGGAAAGAGUGCGCCCAGGAGAAACAAGCUUAACCACUACGCUGUCAUCAAUUUCCCGGACCACUGAGUCAGCCAUGAAGAAAAGAGAGGACAACAACACACUGGUGUCCAUUGUGGAUGUCAAGGCUAACAAGCACUGGAUCAAACAGGAGGCCAUGAAGAAACUCUGA